AUGAAGUUCAACUUGAUCGCAAUCAGCCUCGCCCUAGCUCUCACUUGUUAUGCCAAGGGUCCUGACAAGCCCAAGAUUAACAAGAAUUGCAGAAACCUCACAGAACAGGACGCUCAAGUAUGCCGCGAUCCAGGCCGUUCUGUUCUUUGCCCUGCGAACGACUUUCUUGGUGCUUUUGGGGGCUGCUGCGAAACCGACGGAUGCGGAAUUCGCUAA